GAUGUUGCUGACAAGUCACAAACUCACUCAGAUGUCGCUGCCGACACUCAACGUGAAAUUGACGUAAAAUGAAUUCGACUUAUUAAUAGGAUAACCAAGAAACACAAGAUUUUUUGGCUCUGCAAACGGUAUUUAAUGAUCAGACUAAUAGCUGGCAAGUUGGUGGUACAAUGUACAGACAACGUCUGAAGGGGGGCCAUAGAGUGGGCAUCAGCCAGCAACAGAACCCCAGUGCCACGCAACAUCAUUUUGGUGAUGGGGGAGCUGCAGCAAAAACUGGCACCCAUAAACCCCCUGGCCCUCCACAGGCUGGGGAUGCUGGAUGGGGCUUCGGGGAUGACUGGGGCUGGGGUGAGUCAUCCAAUUCUUCAUACAAUACCCAGUCCCAGCCAUACCAAGCUGCUGAACAUCAGCCAUUAAAGCCUCAACAGCCUAUAGGCUUUGUUCAGCCUCAUCUUCAUCGAAAUACAGAUCAAUAUCAGCCUAAUAAUCAGCAUACUAACCAGCCAGCUGUGCAGCAGUACCAUCAGCCUGCAGUGCUGCAGUACCAACACCAGUCUGCAGUGCAGCAGUACCAGCACCAGCCUGCAGCAGCCCAGCAGUACCAUCAACCUGGUAACAAUCCUAUUUUCCUAAACACUCCUGAGAACACUGCUACUGACUUCUCCAACAACAAUAGCAAUGGCACUGAUAUUGCUUGGAGUGAUAAUUGGGAAGCUGAUUGGAGUACUGUGGAAAAUCAGGAACAAUCUCAACAUGAAAUCAAACCAAUAGAUAACAAUUCUAACUCCCAUUAUGAUUAUCACACGGAAAAUCAAAAUCAACAACCGUAUAAUUACCAGCACCAGUUUCUGCCGGAUCAACAACAGACUCAUCAGACUUGGUCUCACCAUGACGCCAACCUGACACAGCAGCUACAAACGCAAGAGCAGCAUCCACCCAAAACUCACCAACAGCUACCAACGCAAGAGCAGCAGUCACACGAGAUACAGCAACAGCUACCAACGCAAGAGCAGCAGUCACACGAGACUCAGCAACAGCUACCAACGCAAGAGCAGCAGUCACAUGAGACUCAGCAACAGCUACCAAUGCAAGAGCAGCAGUCACAUGAGACUCAGCAACAGCUACCAAUGCAAGAGCAGCAGUCACACGAGAUACAGCAACAGCUACAAACGAAUGAGCAACAAUUGUAUGAGACAUGGCAACAAACGCAUGAGCAGCAGCAGUCAUUUGAGACACAGCAACAGCUACAAACAAAUGAACAGCAGUCACAUGAGUCACAACAACAGCAACAAGUUUACUCUACUGUUCAGCAUGAGGCAUCAAAUGAGCUGCAGUCAAAUCACGCACUGCAACAUCAAGCCAACCUAAUUCUUGAGCAGUUGCCGUCAAACCAAGAGCAGGGGAGCCUGCAGCAGAGGCAUCAGCCCAGCGCAGAGUCUGAGUGGUCUGACUGGUGGGAGGACAUGUCUCAGCAAGAUAAUCAACAGAAGCCUGCAGAUAAACUACUACAUGAUAACCAGAUGCGCCAUUUAAUAGAGCAACAGCACACUCAGCAGACUUACGGAAUACAAAAUGAGCAAGAUACUCAAGGCAACCAAACUAAACAAGCAAAUGAGGGCCUUGCUUUGCAACAAGAGACGAAUGACAAAAGUCAUCAGCAGGAGAACUGCUUCCUUGAUGAGCAAGACCGACAAUUUAUGAAGCAACCACUCCAAGAUCAUCAUGAACAAGCCAAUCCAUAUCAUCAGGAGCAAAAUUAUAAUAGAGGUCGUGAAGAGAUAGCUGGCAGUCAGUGUGAAGAUCAGUGUUACCCCUACAAUCAUCAGCAGGGACAGCAAACUGAUGCUAAUGUGGUCUCUGAUGCUGCCUCUCAGUUCUAUGGUUUUAGUCCUGAAGUCACAGCUGACACUCGGGUGGUUGAUGAUGAUUUUUCCAAACCUAGUAAUGUAAAGCAAGUCGAGACAACUUCUGGCUUUGGUGAUGAGAUGCCAGAAGAUGGAGGUGAAUCGGAACCAGUAGAGGGUGACUGGGGGGAUGAUUGGGGAGACGAGAUGGUUGAAGCAAAUCCCUCCCUGAUAAAUCCUGAUGGAGUUGGUAGUGAACUUCAGCAUCCAGAAGCAGAAAGUUUUGGUCAAAUUGAUGAAGGAAGUUCUGACAAACUUGAAGUGGAAAGUUCAUGUACUGAAAAUUACUCAACUUCCAGUAAUGCUCUACCUGAAUGUCAAGUUGAAGGGAAACUUUUAGAUCCUUAUUUUGAGCAGAACGAUUCUGGUGAAACCAAAGCAAACUCUAUGGUCGGCUCUCAAGCAGAGGAAGUAGGCUUUGCAGCUGCUAUUGCACCUAUCACUCACAGCGGGGGAGCCUGGCACCAGCCCGACGUUGGGGCAGCUGUAAAAGCUGUGACCGACGUUGCUGCCAAGGGGUGGGGAGUGAUGUUCAGUGCUGCAAAGGGCGUUGCUUCAGACGUCUUGGAAGUAGCAACUACUAACAACCCGGCAUGGGGUGUUCAGAAUACCCAAGAUAUCACCCUGUCAACAAACUUGCACUCUUCCCAAGUAAGUGCCAUCCCGCCUACGAACGACCAAUCGUCGCAAAAAAUAUACGGUGCAAGCGUGGGUGAAUUCAACGCCUCCGCCUCUCAGGAUUCCACCACUGCCAGGGGAGCUCGUGGCUUCCAGGGCUGGUCCAACGAUGAUGGCUGGUGUGGAGACGACGCGCAGGUGGACAGCUUUGACGGACUUAGGAUUUCUGGUACGUUGAGUACGGGUGCUGCAGGACAGUUACCGGGAGGACUAAAUAAACAGCCUAUAGAACAAAAUGAGCAAGGACAGCAGAGAGAACAAAAUGAACAACUGCAGCAUGCAUUUGCGCAACAAAAUACUGAUCAGAAUGAACAAGAACAGCGCCCGUCACUACCGCCACAGGAACGACUUCGUCAAGACGAGCAAGAGCUGGAGAUUCACUAUCAGCAGGAAUGGCAGCAUCAAAAUUUGCAAAUGGAGCAGCAAGAAGAACAACAUCGCCAUCCAGAUUAUUUUCCAACGAAAACUCCAGAAACUAGCGACAAUGAUGGUCUUCAGUACAUGCCCAGUGCUCCUCCUGUAAAUUCCACAACUUCAUCCAUUUUUGCUGCCCCUGUAGCUCCUUCAUCGACCUCGUCUCUGUCAACUAUUCCUUCCGUCACAUGUCUAACUCCUUCAGUUGCUGUAUUGUCCUCUUCGUCCAGCUCUCCUGUAACAACAAGUGUCCAGUCUGUCCCGACUCCUGCCUCAACGGCACCUCCUCCUACAGCUAUUUCAGUUCCAGGAGGCAGCAUUAAAAGCUUACGUGCGCGUAAAGGAAGUCCUUUUCAACCUCCGAAGAACAUCAACCUUGUCGCCGCCAAUUCGGCCAUCCCUAAUGUGCCUUACUUGCCUGAUCCAGGAUCCAACAUUUCCUCUACCAGUGUAACCGCGAAGACGAGCGACAAUAAUCCUGACUCUUGUGAUGGAAAGCAAACUAAUGUAAUGACACAGUCUCACAAUGUAGGUGCUUCUCAAGAUGACUUAUGCGCGGGGAAACCAGAUGAACGUAAAAGGAAAACAGAAAAAUCAUGCUUUGAAGAGAGGCAAGAUAAUGCAAAAAGUCAAGAAAAUAUACAAAAAGAUGGACAUGAGGACGGAGAAGACAGAAACGCGGGAACUUACGACGACGAAGAAGAAGAAGAUGAUGAAGCAGGAGUGCCUCGCUUUAGCCGCAUGGUUCCGGGGUGCGGUAGUUCAGCCGAGCCUCAAGUGAUCCAACCUCCUCACACUCAUUCAAAUCCUCCUCCCAUGCCCACUGAUAGGGUUGUGACGGGCAUAGAUAACCCCAUAGCUCCUCCCCCACAACCUCAUAGUGGGACUAUAGGGAGCUUAACUUCACAGCCCCAACGACCUCCAUUACAUCCACCUAAACGCUCCGCCACCAUUGGCUCGGAGGAAAACGGCGCUUCUGUCCCACUACGUCCUCCGUCGAACGGCGCGUCAUCACCGUCUUCCAAGGCACGUCAGCUGCCCUCGUCGUCCAGGGCACGUCAGCCGUCGUCCUCGACGUCGUCAGUGUCACCGCCACCGUCGCCGACGUUCGACGCGUCGUCGUAUGGGCGGAGCGGCAAACGCGGCGCGCAGUCUGGCCGUCCGCGCGGUGACGCGCAGCCGUCCAGCCGCCGCGUCAGGGACGACCAGCGCCCCAAGGCCAGGUAUUCGGGCAGCGGGCGACCGCGGUCUGCUUAUCGCGAGGAUGUCGCUCGUCACGACGGUGAGGGCAACAACGACUACGAUGAUCGCAGUGACAGCGAUACUCGCAACCAUUCUAAAUACCAUCGACGUCAGGACCAGCACCGAGAGGGUGAAGGUGAGGGCUCCCGCAGCAGCAGCUUGGAGGGCCGUGAACCCUCUUAUCCACCCCGCAUUACGGGGUCUGGGGACGACCAGGUCCCCAGUGGGGACGACCGAGCACGACGGUCUCGAGACCCACCCCACAGGUCCGAAGAUCCUCACUACCAUAGAGGAAGAGACGCCCAGCCAAAAUCUUACCGUCGAAAAGACGAAUCUUAUCGCAGAGGCGAUGAAUCUUAUCGACGAGGCGACGAAUCUUGUCGCAAAGACGACGAAUCUUAUCGCAGAGGCGACGAAUCUUAUCGGAGAGACCAUGAAUCUUAUCGCAGAGGUGACGAAUCUUAUCGCAGAGGCGACGAGUCUUAUCGCAAAGACGAUGCUUUGCACCGUCAACACAACGAAAGUUAUCGUAAAGGGAGAGACGAAUUGUACCACAGAGGCGAUGAUCCCUACCGGAGGGAUCGCAGACGGGGAGAUGAGAAGGGGAGCAGGGAGUGGGAGGCUGACAGCGACUGGGACCAGACAUCAUCGUCCCGACGCUGGAAGUAUCGGGACUACCAUGACCGCGGUUACCCAGGCUACGACGCUUACUACAAGAGCAGUCGUCGCGCAGCUGGCAGCGACCACUACGACCACCAAUCAUUAAUGAGUUACUACAACUACUAUGCGCCUUACUACGAGCAGCAUCCCAAGUACCGCGACUACUGCCACAACUACUACAAACACUACCCGCAGUAUGCAGCAGCAGCGGCAGCAGCAGCGCCGUCAGCGCCGCACUCGCUGCCUGACGAGCGCGGCAGCGUGCGGUCAGGCCGCAGCUCUGCUGCCGAGGAGGUCAAGAAGGCUACCCUCAACUCCAGUCGUGUGAUGGGGGGCAGCAGUUCGUUGUAUGACCCCUACGGCCUCUACCCCCGCCACCCCCACGACACCUCCAGCGGGGACAUGAGUGGCCGUGUCUCAGCUGAGCCCCCCCGCGCCCCCUCACAGCGCUUCACCCCUCCCCGCUACUCCCGUAGGCACGUCAUCACACGCUUCACCACCACCAGUCAACUGCUGCUGGUGAUGCCUGAGUCAUCAUCCUUGUCUGUGAUGAACAUACGAGACGUCCUCGCUCAUGAUCCUGACUGCAGGCGACAGAUACGCGCGCUGGAGGCCUUCCCUGGACCUCUUACUGUAGAGGACACUCACAAGGAAGUUGUGGUGCGGUUCUGUGAGGCAAAGCAUCAUCACUACCGAGACCUCUGCAGCAGAACUCAGCAUGAACAACUGCGAUCACAAGCGUUGCUAUGGCGCUACCUCACUCUACUUGUGCGCCAGAACGGCAAACUCUGCUCUACAGACUUGGCAGCUUUGCUUGUAGAGAGCGCCAACGAUGUCUCUCAAGAAGACCUCAUCACUGCCGCCGUGUCCAGGGGCUUGUCGAACAUGAACCUGGACGAUGGUGCUGGGUCUAGACCCAACACCACAGCAGGAGACGAUGAUCAGGGCGAGAGACGAGACGAAGGAAGAAGAUCUAUGAUGCGAGAUGAAGACUCGGUUGGCCGUCUUACCGCGUCAGUGAGCCAUACUUCCCUGGCUUCUUCAUCAUCAAAUAUAAACAUCGGUCAGCCUGUGGGUCCCAACGGACCCGUGGACACCCUUGCCCCCAAGGUAAAGGCGGAUGUGACCCGUUGGCUGCCGCAGCUUACGAAGGAGCAGCUGGAGCGCGUGGACCGCCAGUUGGAGGAGCUGGUGUGCUUAGGGCGCCGUAGGGAUGCCAUAGAGCUGGCCAUCGAGCAGCGACUGUGGGGCCACGCCAUGGCCAUAGGGAGCCGCAUGGAGCAGGCGGUGGUGGGGCGCGUGUAUGCCUCGUUCAUGCAGUGCUUGGCCCCACAACAUGUCUUGCACACGCUCGUGCAGCACGUCAACGGCAAGCGUCCUGAUGUCACCAAGAGCUACAGCCGUAGCAGGUGGGGGGAGUGGCGCCGCCACCUCGCCACUCUCGUGGCCAACCCGUCACCCGCCGCCACCAAGGACCUCACCGCCAUCGUCGCCCUCGGGGACGCCCUCGUCACGUCAGACGUCGCCGCAGGCCACGUAUGUUACCUGAUGGGGGGCGGCGUGCAGCUGUGGGGCCACAAGCUGCACCUGCUGGGCCUCGACCCCAGCCUCUUCAGGCCCUUCAGUGAGGCCUCCCUCUGCGCCCUCCAGUGUACAGAGGUGCUGGAGUACGGGCUGAGUUUGGCAUCAGCAGCGACAGACACGAGCGGCGCGGCGCCCGCCCCCAGCACCGCGGUGGCGCUCAGCGGCUUUGUUAAGUUCAAGCUGAGAUACGCGGCCGUGCUGGCUGAGUACGGCUUCUGUGAGGAGGCUAUCAGGUACUGCGAAGUGGUGUCAGGCACCGUGACCUCAGGCAGCUCUGGCGUGCCCCUGGGGGAGGACCUGCUACUGCUGGUGGCCGAGCUGCUGGAGCUGUCGACGCGUCUCAAGUAUCACGACCGCCAUUACCUGCUGGGGGAGGGCGAGACGCACGACAUGCCUGACCCUCAGUGGCUCACUGUACUCGCCAACUACAAGUACCACCUGCAGCAGCAGCUCGUGCAGACGAUGGAUCCACCAGCGCCAUCAGCCGAUGGCAGCCACCAUGUGAAGCAAGAGAACCAUUUGGAGGACCUGGAGCAGACUCACCAUCUGGAGGGCCUGGAUCAGAAGCACCACCUGGAGGAGCACCACCUGCAUCAGGAAGCUCCAUCUGAGCAGACAGACGGCGCUAUGACCAGCAUGAGUGUUGGGCCACCUGCUGCCAACGCUGUGAUGUCGCAAGACGCAUUGCAGGAUGGACACAGCGCCCCCCAGCACGACCUCUACGCUGACGACGUGAACCCCUACGGCAGCACGGAGCCCCCGCCACCCCCCAUGAUGAUCCCCACCCUCCCUGUCGAGGACCCCUCACACCUUAACUCGACGGCGGCUCAAGACGUACUUCAAAACUUCAGCUUUCAGCCGCACUUGCCCUCCAACCACAGCGCCUACGACGGACAGCCUGGGGUGGGGAAUGGAGUGGACACCUCCAUGGGGGGCUAUGGGGAGGAGGCGAGCGGACAGAGCAGCCCCCACUUCACCCCCACACAUGUCCCCAACCUCCCCCAGCUGCAGCAACCCAUGAGUUAUUCCCCGUAUGAGGGCGACGCUUACACCAGCUUACCCUCUGACUUUCCUGACGAGGGAGACGAGGGCAGCCCUCAAGACGCGUGGGGUUAUGCCAGUCUUCCCUACACCGGAGGAGGGGCGGACACUUCUGGACCGCCUUCGCCAGCUCACCAAGCCGAGACGCUGGAGCCAGCGAGCACGUCGUCUAGCAACAACAACAACGAAGGUAACAACAAAAGCAAGGAUGAUGACAACGGCAACAAGGCGACAGAGGGCGGCGACAAGAAGGGCUUCCUGGCGCGUAUCUUUACAUGGAAGAACAACCAGGCCAAGCUGCCUGAUGAUAAGAACCCUUCUAUCGUAUGGGACGAGGAGCGCAAGCGUUGGGUCAACACGGACGGCAGCGAUGACAACGACGCCCCUCCUCCCCCGCCCCCCAUGGCCUCCGCCUCCUCCCUGCCCCUCACCGCUAACAGGGCGGGGCCCCGACGAUCUCGCUACGUGAACCCCUUGGAUGAAAAAGAUCGCAUCAAGCCUGUCAGUACAAUGGCGCCUCCUCUGCUGCCUCAGCAGCAGCAACCCGUGCCUCAGCAACAGAUGACUGCUCCUCAGAUGCCUCAGCAUCUGCAGCAAAUGAUGCCUCCGCAACAGCUGCAAAUGAUGCCUCAGCAUCCGCAGCAAAUGAUGCCUCAGCAACAGCCACAAAUGAUGCCACAGCAACAGCAAAUGAUGCCUCAGCAACAGCCACAACUGAUGCCACAGCAACAGCCACAAAUGAUGCCUCCAGAGCAGCAAAUGAUGCCUGCACAACAGCAGCAAAUGAUGCCUCCCCAGCAACAGCAGCCUCUGGCAGCUCCUCACCAGGUCGCCGCAAACCCCCCAGCGGGAGGCAGGACGCGCUUAGACAGCUCCUCCAUAGACCUCGACGAUGCCGAUGAUCCCGCCAAAGAGGACGAAUCUUCAACAGCCGGUGGAGCUCCGAUGUUUUUCAACCCUGCUCAGUUUCAACAACUCAACACCAGCAGGACCGCUCCAACCAACCCCCGUAGAGGAAGAGGUGGCGGCCCACAGAGGAGGGCUUUUCCAGCGGGGGGCGCUGCGCCCCCUCCACCAAGAGCCUGAUUAAUGUGCAUCUUAGCCACUAGAUAUCAACAUUGUGCGAUAUAUUACAUGUCCCGCAUCGUUAUGUAAUGAAUACUUGUGCCAGCAUUCGAAGGACGACGAGCUUCUCCCCACCAAAUCUCGUUUCUCAAAGCCUCGUUUCAUUCACAAAUUCUUGAGCAAUGUGCUUCUUCCUGUACGAAUACUUGCUUCCUCUGUAGUGCAAACGAGUGCUACCGACGUGGCCUUCGCACACGUCAGUAGUGUGCAACGAACCGUAAAUUUGAUUUCCACUAGUAGAAUUUAUGCUCCUCUAGCAAAUGCACUAGUUUUUGUAUAAAUAUAUGCAUAUUAUUAAAACCUUAAUGGGAGUCAAAAGAGUUAAGGAUUUUUUCAUAGGAAUUUUAUCAUGUGUA